GUUAAAGGUGGUGUUGUACUGGACGACAGUAUAUUCAGAGGUGUUCCUAAUAUUCUGACUCUAAAUAUGAUGUACAGUGGAAAAGCACUGAAUCACAGGUUGUAUUGAGUUAUUGAAGCUGAUGGAAGCUAGUCUCCAUUCCUCCUGUUGUCUGCUGAGUCAAAAAUACGCUAAAGAGAAUUUCAGACACAUUGUUAAUGAAAGAUUGAUCAUGUUCAACAAGGUCUACCAACUUGAUCCGGCCACCAGGACAGGUAAUAUUAGUCCUUAGCUACAACAGAACCAUAGAUGUGCCCCCCUCGCCUGUCAGUUGGGUGAUGACAACAUGAAUCGGUGGCGUCGUUCAGUGGAUGAACUGGCCGCACGGCGACGGCAGCAGCGCAAGUGUGAGCGUGCUCAGGAGGCUCUCAGUCGGGUCACUUCCUGUUUCCAGCAGCUGGCCACGUCACUCGGUAGCUCGGCAGACAGCGGCUUCCUGCGAGAUGAGAUGGACAAGACAAGAGCACUUGCUCAUCGGCUCUGCAGCGGGCUGUCCCACCAUCUGGUGCGUUUGCUGUCAGACUGUGCUUCUGUCCCCUCAGGGGUAGGCAACAGGCAGGUGUUGGAGCGUCUCUGGGUUCUCUUCCUAUCUGUGACGGAGAACUUUCUCUCUGAUCUCCGAAAGACAAGUGAUCUGAUUGGACAGUUCCCUCUGACUCAACAUGGCAGACCCUCACUGGUAAAGACAGGUUGUAUUGAUGGCAUGGUGGGCGUGGCAGCUCGGGUGACAUCAGUUCAGGUGCCGUGGCUCACCUUGGAAGAGGAACCUAGUCCUGAUCUGACCAAUCAUAUCACAGGGCUGGAAGCGAUGCUGAGUGAGAUGCAGCUGAGGGUUCCAGUGGCGUUCUGGUCGGUGGAGUCAACCCAGCCGGCAUGGGCCGAAGCUCAUGGUGAACAGACAGAGCCAGAGCACAGCCUGGAGGAGCUGAUGGAGGUCGAGGUUGUCUCCAACAAGAUGGCUGCCUGCUGCCAGCCACCAUGCUGUAGCUGUAUGGGGUAGAGGGGGAGGAGUCACAGCCGAAGGUCAUCUCACUUUUGUGAACCUGGAUUUGGAUGAUGAAACACCUGAUAGCAUCACUCUGCUCUAGUCUGUGAAUAACAAAUGUAUAACAGAAUUUUACACUACAGGAAAUCCUCUUAUAAAGUCAGACCCUUAUGAACAAAGAAUGAGAAAACUUUAACUUGUACUUGACAAGCAGAACUAUCAUGCAGUGUAAUAAUGUCACAGGCAGCUAUGAUAAUGUUCUGCUUCAAGAUCAAAUAUAAUUACAAUUGAAAUCUUUAACAUUAAAAAGUUCCAUUGUGGUAACUUAACAUACAGUAAAAAGCAAUUUCAAAUCAAUUUGUAAUACAUCAAAAAUGGUUACAAGAAAUAAAGUUGUUU